AUGGCCCCUAUCGACCGCGAUCCCCUCUCACUCGCCCUCCUACCGGCUUCCAACGAGACCCAGGCGCAGCGCCAGGUGAGGCGGCACCAGGAAAAGCAGGCCAAACUACGAUCCGACCAAAUCGACAAGCUGCUCAAACACCCCGAUUCCUGCAGCACCUCUACCAGUUUGGAGGCCGGCAAAAAGGGUCGUGUGUACAAGAUGGUGUUGCUCGGUCAGGCGGGUGCGGGAAAGACGACUGUGCUCAAGCAGAUGCGUCUGCUGUACGACCCAGAGGCGCAUGAGCGCGAACGCAAGGGAUGGACGAGCAUCGUCGUGCUUAACCUCACCGCCAGUGUGCGUGUGCUCCUGCAGACGCUCGAGCGAUACCACCACGAGCGUGCCGAACGCAAGUCGCUCGAGCUGGCCCGCCUCGAAUCGCCCGCAUCCCCUGCCUCUCCACACAGCAUGCGUGCAGUCAGCCCUUCGUCUGCAACAGGGUCUGCGGUAGAGGGCGCAUCAGCAAGAGCAUUCAGCCCGUCCAACACGGCCUGGGAGCGUCAUCUGCCAAAAGUCAUGCAGCUCGAGUCGGAGCUACGCAGCCAAUUGGGCGCGUUUGGCGAAGAAGCGCCUGUGAACGACCCGGGUUCAAAGGUGCACUCGGGCGUACCUGGGACGACAAGACGCACAAAGGUGGGCGACAAGAGUCUGCUGCUGCUGCGGCCGGGAUGGCAGGAACGCCUGUUUACCUAUGCGCGUCGCUCGCUCUCGCUCCCAGCAGCCGGUCGAAGUUCGGUGCAGGAACGAUCACGUCGCGACGAGGAGGCAGACGACGACGAGGGCGAUGCGCUGGUGCUGCUGCGGUCGAUUCAGGCCGAUGUGAUGGCGCUGUGGGACGACGACGUGCGCUGUCGAGCCCUGCGCAAGCGCGGAGUAUUCCUCGAUGCGCAAUCGGAAGCGGCCACGUCGUACUUUCUCGAAGCAUAUGCGCGUAUUGUGGCUCCGGGGUACUCGCCUUCAGACGAGGAUAUCCUGCACUCGCGCGUGCGUACGCUCGGCGUAACCGAGGAUAUCUUCCGCAUAGACCGCUCACUCACCUACCGGAUCUUUGACGUAGGCGGCAGCCGAAGCCAACGCGCCGCCUGGGUCCCUUUUCUAGAUGACGUCCAGUCGAUCAUCUUCCUCGCCCCACUCUCGGCCUUCGACCAACCGCUCAUCGAAGACCCUUCGACAAAUCGCCUCGCAGAUACCUUUGCGUUGUUCACCCAGGUCGUAACGCAUCCGCUGCUGAGGGGGGCGAGCGUGAUCUUGUUUCUGAACAAGAUCGAUCUGCUCGAGAAAAAGUUGCGCCAAGGCAGGAGCUUGUGUAGCUUCUGGCCGGAGUAUCAAGGGGAUGACGACUUCGAAGCCGUCUGGAGGUGGUUUAGAGCCAAGUUUAGGGAUCAGCUCAGGAGAGCCGAGGAUGAUAAGGGGGCGGGGAAGAGGAGGUUGUAUGUGCAUACCACCGUCGCGACGAGUACGAGGCAGAUCAAGGCGAUUCUGAUUAGCGUCAAGGAUAGUAUUCUGCGCGACAAUCUCCAGGCUGCAGGAUUGGUCUAG